AUUUUUGUCUUUCCUUAAAUAGUGAGCACUCCUUUUCCUUUCUCUUUCAAUCUUAGUGGAAAGUCAUUUUCUCUCUGGUGGACUAACAUAUGGCGGCGGGUGCUUAUCGGAAGGACACCAUCACUGUGCAGCUGGAAGUGAUGUCGCCGGAUCUUACUCCUCUCUCUCCGGAAAUCCCUCUCAAUGAAUAUGAAGUUCCAGAAGAUAUGCUUCCUCCAAAUGCUAGCAGUACAUUGUAUGUAGAGGGUUUGCCUGAGGACUGUACAACAAGUGAGGUGGCACACAUAUUCCGCCAUUUUGGAGGUUACAAAGAAGUUAGGCUCGUACCAGAACCAUCAAUAUAUCCUCGAGUCAAUACCUUGAUUCAUUGCUUUGUUGAUUUUGUGAGUCCGCUUCAUGCAGCUGCUGCAAUGGAUGCCUUACAAGGUUAUAAAUUCGACCUUGAUGAGCAUGAUUCAGGCAACUUAAUGCUGCAAUUUGCUUGCAAUCCUUGUGAGAUGUCAGCUUGAGGGGAUUGUUGAAACUAUGUGUAUUUACAGGACUUGCCAUGUUUUGAGAGCGAAGUUAUGAUGCAAGCGUGUUUCUCUGAUCAUGUAUAUUAACUGUUGCUGGUGCUUAGCAGUUUGAAGACAAAGUUGCUUGUCAGAUCAAAUUGUUUAAAUUUCUUUUUAAAUUCGCUACAACUUAUGACAUUA